ACCUUUUUGUUUCUCUUCAAAUCAAGAAGUCAAACGUGCUUGUUCUCUUCGAGCUAAGGCCUGUUGGCGACUUGCACGUCUUAUAAUUAAAAAUGGCAUCCAAGGCUGAAUUAGCUUGUGUAUACUCCGCUCUCAUCCUCGUCGAUGAUGAUGUAGCCGUAACUGGUGAGAAGAUCUCCACCAUCCUCAAGGCCGCUAACGUGGACGUCGAGCCAUACUGGCCAGGUCUUUUCGCUAAGGCUCUGGAGGGCAUCAACGUCCGCGACUUGAUCACUAACAUCGGAUCAGGCGUGGGAGCCGCUCCCGCCGGUGGUGCCGCACCCGCCGCGGCCGCUGGUGGCGCUGCGCCCGCUGCCGAGGCCAAGGAGGAGAAGAAAGAGGAAGAACCCGAAGAGUCCGAUGACGACAUGGGCUUCGGUCUCUUUGACUAAAAAGCUUUAUAUUGAAGCUGCGAUAUUCCAUUGUAAGCUUUAUGAAGCUUGUUUAGUUGUAAGGAUUAAAUGACUUUAUAAUAAAGUAUUUUUCAAAUUGA